GCCAGUUGACCUUGCCAACCCAAGCCCAGAACAUGAAUACUGCCCAGUACCGGCCGAGCUAUCGCCGCCUCUUGGAUCAAAGCUUCUGGUGAUGUAUGUUUCGUCGCCCCGACAGAUUGGAAGUUGGUCAAAAGGGCCCACGGAGAACUCAAGCCGAGGGGUGGCCCGCCGAGGGAAGCAUGGGGAAUCUACAUGACGGAAGGCUGGGAUGAGUCCAAAAUAUGGUGUAUCGUCGGUUUCGGGGUCUUUCUUCCAAGUUUGUUGUUUGCAAUAUUCUGGGCGGUCUUCAAGGGUGAUGUCGAGGGAGCGUUUGCAAUAGCCGGUUGGUGGGUCGCAGGAGCAGCUAUUGUCGUCGGCAUCAUGGGAAACAAGACCAUGCAAGCGCUGUGAUGUGCCCUAUGUAAUGGCGACAAGCUGGAUCAUGGUCAUUAAGCUAGUUCUGCGGAAAGACGACCUUGAAUCGCUGACCUGAUUCAGCUGACAUUCUUAUGCAAAAAGCGAAUAUCACAACUACCUACACCAACCAAAGCAUUGUAGUUUAUGGAGUGGCCCCUGCCUCCUACGACAC